GCAGUGAGUGUGUGAAUGCGAGCGUCUGAUCACAGCCUCGCCGCCGUCCGCCGCUCACUCGCACGGGCGCGGAUAAAGGCUCGCGCUCGGGGGGAAUAAUCAUGUUUUCGUCACUGCGGCCUUUUGGUUCUGAUUCAUGUCUUUUGAUCUCGCCGCGGCUGACGCUGUCUCCGCUCGCGCGCCACGCUCCCAGCAGUGACCAGUCCUGGCUCUCCGUCCUCUAACUUCAAGCACUCCUGUUUCGGCCAGUCACAGACUCUACUCAGCAAUACGGGCACACACAGACUUGUGGAAUAGUCUUUCUCAGCCAUGUUCAACACAUGGCUAGUAGUAGAAAUGACGAGCAGUUUUUAAAAACAUGGCCUGGAUGUGCUAUAAUCUAGCGCAGCCCAUCCGUUGCCAUGGUUACAUGUGUAUUCAUUUAUUCUAUCAUUAGAGACAAUUAGAGCUUUGCAACAUAAUGCCUGCUUGUUUCGUCAUAAGCACUGGAACCUAAACAACCAACAGAAACUCAAAAUAAGUGACCCUUAUUUUUUUUGGUGCACUUUUUAAUUCAGCGUACUUGCUUAGAACCUACAAGCCAAGGGGACUUCAGGUAGUCUUGAAGACAUCAGAGCCAGGGAACCAGGGAGAUUCCUACACUCUGUCAAGAUGAUGUGCGAAGUGAUGCCCACCAUCUCCGAGGAUGGUCGUGGAGGGGGUGUGGCCGCGAGUGGGACAGGGGGCGGGGCUGAGGGUGGUGGACUAGAGUGCGUAAUGGUCAGCAUGCUAGCAGAGAGAGAGCGUCUGCUGGACAGCCUGAGGGACACGCAGGAAACACUGAGCACUGCCCAGCUCCGCCUGCGAGAACUCAGCCACGAGAAAGAUUCACUGCAGAGACAACUCUCCAUCGCCCUGCCUCAGGAGUUUGCUGUCCUGACUAAAGAGUUGAACACGUGUCGUGAGCAGCUGCUGGAGAGAGAGGAGGAGAUCGCAGAGCUCAAAGCUGAGCGGAAUAACACUCGCCUCCUGCUGGAGCACCUGGAGUGUUUGGUGUCCCGUCAUGAGCGUUCUCUAAGGAUGACGGUGGUGAAGAGACAGGCUCAGGCCCAGAGCGGAGUGUCCAGCGAGGUGGAGGUGCUGAAGGCCCUUAAAUCACUCUUUGAACACCACAAAGCCCUGGACGAGAAGGUGCGGGAGCGACUGCGUGUGGCCUUGGAGAGAGUGGCAGUUUUGGAGGACCAGCUAGCAGCAUCUGCUCAGGAGCGCCUGUCUAACGGCGCCGCCCUGCAGGACGAUGGAGAGAGAGAGCGACAGAGAGCCGAACUCGCUCAGCUGAAGGAGAGACUCGCCAUCAUGUGCCGCCAGGUGGGGGAGAUUGAGGAGCAGUUGGCCACUGCCAGGAGGGAACUAAUCAAAUCGGAAGAAGCAAAUCAGAAACUCCAGAGGGAAGUGAAAGAGGCUCUGUGUCAGAAGGAGGACAUGGAGGAGAGGAUCACUACACUGGAGCGCAGGUACCUGAACGCUCAGCGAGAGGCCACAUCUCUACACGACGUUAAAGACAAACUGGAAAACGAGCUCGCCAGCAAAGAGUCCUUAUACAGACAGAGUGAGGAGAAGAACAGGCAGCUGCAGGAGCGUCUGGACGAAGCCAAGCAGAAGCUACAACAGAGAGCCGAAACACUGCCAGAGAUAGAGGCUCAACUAGCUCAGAGAGUGGCUGCUCUCAAUAAGGCAGAGGAACGUCAUGGGAACUUUGAGGAAAGGCUGAGGCAGCUGGAGGCCCAGCUUGAGGAGAAGAACCAGGAGCUUCAGAGGGCGAGACAGCGGGAGAAGAUGAAUGACGAACAUAACAAACGUCUGUCGGACACAGUGGACCGGCUGCUGUGUGAGUCUAAUGAAAGACUACAGCUUCACCUGAAGGAAAGAAUGUCUGCUCUAGAGGAGAAGAACGCUCUGUCCGAAGAACUAGCCAACAUGAGGAAGAUCCAGGAUGAUCUCCUGACUAACAAGGAUCAGCUGAUUGCAGAGCUGGAGCGGAUGCAGCUGGAGCUGGAUCAGCUGAAAGGCAGACCAAGCUCCUCUCAGUCGAGGGCCGGCAGUGCCUCCUCUCUCCCGUCCACUUUGUUCCGUCGUUCUCUGCAUGGAAGUGCAACUGAGCUCCCGUUUCUGCCAGCAGGGGGCUCCCUCCCCACACGCCGGACACGUGGGCGCAAGUACGGAGGGUGGGAUGAAGGCUGCUCUGAUGAUGAUGAGGAUCGAGAGGCCAUAUUUGGUUCGGAGCUCAUAUCACCAGGAGGACAGACGGACGUACAGACUCUCGCCAUCAUGCUUCAGGAACAACUGGAGGCCAUCAACAAGGAGAUUAAGCUGAUCCAGGAGGAGAGGGAAAGUGCUGAUAUGAGGGCAGAGGAGUUAGAGAGCAGGGUAAACAGUGUGGUUCUGGACGAGGCCAUGCUCCCUCCAUCCUCUCUGGGUGGAGGUAGAGAGGGAAGUGGGCGGGGCUUCAUCCCACCAUCUCUCACUUCCUCCACAUUGGCUUCCCCCUCACCCCCCAGCUCCGGCCAUACCACCCCCCACCUGCCCCCGUCCUCACCUGCCCGCGAACCCGAUACACAGAAUGGGAAAGAGGAUGAUAAAGCGCUUGCCCUCAUAGACUCCGCCCCCGCAUCUGUCCCUCGAGCUUUGCGAUUGGACAGAAUGACCCACACACAUCCCGGGGCGGGGCUGGAUGACCCGCGGGAUUUCCGCAGUCUCUCUGUUGACUCGGCCGUGUGCAGCAGUACCGAUUCCCUGCACAAGUCCAGUAAGAGGAAAAGCAUCAAAUCCUCGAUCGGCCGCCUGUUUGGGAAAAAAGAGAAGGGCCGAGGGGGCGGGGCUGCGCGAGACUCCGCCUCUCUAGCAUCAACACCUUCUGAUGACCUCAGCGCUGACCCACUCAGCCUCAAACUGGGGACACUGGAGAAGGAGCGCCGCAGCAAGAAGAAGCAUGACCUGCUGGAGGAGGCGUGUCGUCAAGGGCUUCCUUUUGCAUCAUGGGACGGUCCCACAGUGGUCACAUGGCUGGAGCUGUGGGUGGGCAUGCCGGCGUGGUACGUGGCUGCGUGUCGCACUAAUGUGAAGAGCGGCGCGGUGAUGGCGAACUUGUCAGACACGGAGAUCCAGAGAGAGAUCGGUAUCAGUAACCCGCUCCACCGCCUAAAGCUCCGGCUCGCCAUCCAGGAGAUGGUCUCCCUCACCAGCCCCUCAGCUCCCGCCAGCACACGCUCGUCCACCAGUAAUAUUUGGAUGACCCAUGAGGAGAUGGAGUCUCUGGCUGCAGCCACAAAACCAGAGCAGAAGGAGAUCAGCUGGGAUCAGAUCCUGGCCUAUGGGGAUAUGAAUCAUGAGUGGUUGGGUAACGAAUGGUUGCCGAGCCUCGGCCUGCCUCAGUAUCGCAGUUACUUCAUGGAGUCUCUAGUGGACGCACGUAUGCUGGACCAUCUCACAAAGAAGGAGUUGAGGGGGCAGCUGAAGAUGGUGGACAGUUUCCACAGGGUGAGUUUGCAUUACGGCAUUAUGUGUCUGAAGCGUUUAAACUAUGACAGAAAAGAGCUGGAGAGACGGAGGGAGGAGAGCCAGAAUGAAAAUCAAGACGUGAUGGUGUGGUCUAACGAGCGAGUGAUGCUGUGGGUUCAGUCGAUCGGUUUGAAGGAGUAUGCCGAUAAUCUGAGGGAAAGUGGAGUCCACGGUGCUUUGUUAGCGCUCGACGACACCUUCGACUUCACCGAUUUAGCACUUUUACUCCAAAUCCCCAAUCAGAACACACAGGCCCGGCAGCAGCUGGAGAAGGAGUUCAGUACUCUUAUCUCUAUGGCAACUGAGAGACGACUGGAUGAGGAGGGUGGCAAGACGUUUACGCGCUCGCCUUCGUGGAGGAGAAUGUUCCGGGAGGCUUCAGAUUCCUCAGAAACCCUCCCAGCCAACAUCAGAGCGUCCGCCAUGGCCACUCCCCCUCUUACCCUCCGCAAAGUACAGAGUGAAGUGAGCCCGACAUGCCGAGGAGAGGCUGGGUCAGUGAGGACGUACUCCUGCUGAUCUAAAUCACCCACAAUGCAGUUCUCCCUUUAAAACCUGAAAGUGGGGAGUAGACGGUGUGGAGCUCAACGAACAAGCAAAAUCAUAGGUUAAUUAAUCUGUUUCGCCACAAAGUCUUUUUGUUCUCUCCAUACUGCACCUAAGCCAAGUCUCAUUUACAGCCAUUCAAAGACCUGAAAACACGUCUGGAUCUGGUGGGUUUAGACUUGACCAGAGUGGAUCUGCCUUGAAGUACCAUAAACCAGGUACCAUCAAUCCUCAGUAGGACUACAGAGUUCAUUGUCCGUCUCUCAAAUCUUGCCUUGAACACAAACGGAGACUAAAAAGAAAUGCUGGGUUGAACAAAGGUUGCACACUUAGUGGAGAAGACAGGAUUCAAAAGUACCUUGUCAAGCCGCGUGAUUUGUACUCGGUGAUAUCUCCGGAUAUUUGAUGCGCUUCAAGAGCAUGAUGGACUAAUAUUUGAACCUCCCCAGUGCUCUCUAUCUCCUGAAGGGUGGUUUGCUAACCCCAGUCCUAACCUCAGGGCUUAGGGCUGCACCAAGACUGACGCUGACUGCAAACAUCUGGAACUGCAGAGUCAAAGCCAUACUCAUGACGAGCUGAAUGGAUUAAAGAGGAAAGGAAGAAGAAGGGACGAGAGCAAAGGAGACAUAAAUAGGAGGCCUGUGGACAAGUGUUGUGUUACAAUAACCUUGUACAAACUGAAGCAGAAGUGUACCGUGUGUGUGUGUGUGUAUGUAUUUGUGUGUUUGCAUUUGUGUAUGCAGAACUGCCUGUGAAAUGGUACGUCAUGCCAUAAUCCUGGAUCGGGGCUGAACUCAAAGGCUCCUGCUGAGUCACAGCCCUUGCCUGUUGGUAGGUACAUGAAUGUAAUAGUAAUUUUGUACGUGAGUGCUAAGAAGCCUGUUACCUGUUGGUUUUCCCCAAUUGUUUACACACUAAAACUGGAACUUGGGCACAAUUACUUGAAACUCAUGUACCUGACCAAAACGGCAACUCUAGCACAGUCGAGCUUAAUACCGUCUGCAAAUGUGUCAUUUGUAGGUUUGUUAGGUUUGCAGUCAGGUCUUUAAGGCAGGUCCUAUAUGAGCACACAAAGCAGUGGAAGUAGAGUUGGCUGCAGGAGAGGAAGGUAGAUGAAAUUGUGGUGAAUUUACUGGAAAACACACCUGAGUAGCAGCAGAGAUUUGGUUUUGAAUCUAUGGCCAAGGACCACCGAGAGUAAACAGAUGCUUCAGAAAGGGAAAGACAGAAGACUGGAUGGUCUACUGUGCUCUUCUGUGUGCUGGACCAUGUUGGAGAUUCUGUGUCUGGUUUCACAGCUAUGAGCCAAUAUGAACCCCUCAACCAGUUCUGGAACCCUUUGAGGACUUAAAGCCUUCCAAAACCUUUUGAGGACAAGAGCGAAUGUUUUUGGAACCUUUUGAGGAGCUAAACUCUUCUGGAACCUUUUGAGGAGCUAAUGCUGCAUUCAGGUACACAUCAGGAGGUACCAGAUAGGUAACUAGUAAACCUGACUAAAUUCUGUUCACGUGUUUGUUCAUAGAUACGACCACCGCACGCACAAAGGAAGUAUGGAGGUCCGGAGAAUUCUUUCUUUUCCAUGUUAAAAAGCAUACAGAUCACAUUGAAGUGCUUCAGGAGAACGUUUUUCACAUUCACUGCACGUUUAGUGGUUUCCUAGCAGUGUAUCAUCUAGAACCUCAAGUUUACCCAAUAUAAAGAUGAAUUUGUUGGUCAUUCAUGCGCAUUUCCCAGUUUCCAACACCACUCAAGUGCAGCCAGGAUCUUUUAAAGAGCUAAAGUCUUCUGGAACCUUUUUAGUAGUAAAAGCCUUACAGAGCCCUCUGAGGAGCUACAACAGUGGUGGGCAACUUAGUGCUGGAUUCCUACACAUGUUGGUGACUUCCUUGCUCAAGCAACCCAACUAAGCCUGGUAAUUAACUGAGUUGAAUCCAGUCACCAUGUUGCGCAGGAAUCGCUCCAGCGCCAGAGUUCCUCACCUCUAAACCGAAAGGUUCCAGAACCUUCCUGAAUGAAACCUGCAUAGUUUCUGCCUUUACUUGCACUGCAGUGACUGUGACCAUUAUGUAAAAUAACUGCAUGGCCGUUACAUCAUUUCAGCAUGUACCACAAAACGGAGGAGGUUUUGGGCUUCUGAAUUCACGAAUAACAUAAAAUGUGAUUAUUGCGUUUGGUAGAUUCUUUCAUCCUGCAUCAACAGCUCAAAGCAUUCAUCAGCAUGGAUGAAGCUUGUAUGACUUACUCUGCCCACUUUUCCGUCAAACCCUGGUUGUCCUUUCUCAUUCGCUCUGGUGGCAUCCAUACCAACAAUUUGGUUGUGUGGGUUUUUGGAGAAGGUGGAGAAAAGGGCUCUGUGCUGCUUUUCUCCGACCUGUCAGUGAUGUUUGGUACGGCACCCUCCACUCCAGCGGUUUCUUGUCCACAGAAGUACAGAAGAGAGAGUAAACAUGAUCCAGGAAUGGAAAGUACGGGCUUCAUCAGUGGAAAGGUUUCUGAGUUCCUGAAAAGGUUCCUCUGGAGAAUCCACGGCUAAAUGUUCUUAAGUUCUCAAUAGUCGUCCUGAUAUUCCUCCUGUAUAAUGAGAAUCUGGUUAUUGCAAAAUUUCCCAGGAUUGAAUAGCAAAAAAUGACCGGUGACAAAUGGCAAAAAAAAUUCUGUAGACACAGGGGAGGCCAUGAUUCCCCCAUGAGAAGUGCUCUUUAUUAAACACCAGUGUAGGAAAGCGCAUAACACACUGCCCCUACACACGAGCAAGCCGUACAUAAUAACAUACAUAUAACAUAUGCAAACUUCAGACACAGCGAGACGUCGCUUUUUUAGGAGGGUGCGCACCUACCAUGAGCCUCCAUGCAUGGCCAUUCGCGUGGCCAUGCCUCCUGAGCCUCUCGGUGCCGGCGCCAGCCAGUAGCAGGUCCCCACAAACCAUUAACAGAUGAUCGGAUGAUGGAAGAGGCAGAUGAAAGACCUUUUUACAGUUUCUUCAAAAGAUCAUAUUUGCAUAUGUACAGUAAAUGUGCUGUAUUUUUGCAUGUUUACAGUAUCGUUUGCUUACAGUAAGCCUUUUAAAUUCAAGUGAAAUAAACACUUUUUGCAUUUGUGUUCUUUAGGCUACACACUGGAACAGGGUUCUACUGGAGUGCUUCACCAUCAUGUGACAGUGUGAAGUUGUUGUUAUUAACAGGAUCCACAGCUGAUUGUAUUCAUGUCUUGGAGGCAUAAGUUACGAGUUUGGAGAACAUGAGAUGUAGUUUCAGUGCGAACAUGAGAUGCACAUGUGUGAACAAUUGGGGAGAACUUACUGAGGUUACUUUCAUUUUCAUUAUUAGGACGGACAUUUGAUGUAGCGUGUGCAUAUUUUGAAAUUCACUACUCGAAUAAUAGUCUUCUCUGAUAUGUAUAGGUGAAAAAAUGGCAUUUAGUAGCUGUGAUGAAAAAGAUGGCAGUAAACUCCUGUAAGUUUUUUUUUUUUAUUUAUUUGAUUUGAUUUAUUUCUUUUUUUGGUGUUUCUAUUGUACAUUCAAGUUUUGUGUGUGUAGGUUUGCGUGUGACAAAAGGACGAUGAAUUAGAUAUACCACAUUCUCAAAACGUUUAAUACGGUGUCCCAACCCGAAUAUCUUUUUCAGCUGAACGCCUGGAACCCUUAAAGAUGUAAGGAAUUUCAGUUAGUACAAACCCUGGUACAAUACUGUAUAUUUUGUAAUAAUGCAAAGGAAAUACUUAUCGUGCUUAAUAUCUGUAGUAUUGUGAGUCAGCAUAAACAAAGUAGCCUAUAUCAAGCUUGUCUUUGAAAUGUCAUUGUAAAAAAUAGAAAAAGAACAAAAACAAACAUCCUGUCUGUAUCUUGAAACUCUCACAAAUUCACACUCUGAUAAACAAGUAAAGGCGUGAGAACACGAGGCGAGAUGAGAUGAACUGAGCUGA